UCACCAAAUUGAAAAAAGUUUUAAAUCCCUGUCUCUAGUUUAGCUAUGCAUCUAAUUAUGUUAUUGUCAUAUACAGUUUUCAGUUCCGGUGUGGAAGGAAAGGGUACAUGGAAUAGUACUGUAUGUUGCUGGGUGCAGUUUCGGCUUGCUUAGCUCACAGCCUGGGGGACAGAGUAGCACGGGAAAUAAACUGUACCUGUACACAUAGCUCUGUCACAUCAGGGGUGGAAACACAGUUGCCCCAUAACAACUUUUGCACUUGACUGCAGCUCUUUUGCAGAUACAGAGCUUUAUUCUCUUGUCAGUCCUGUAGUCUUCCAGAAUCUGAGUUAACCUGGAGGGUAUAGUAAUGGGUGGCUAAUUGGUGGAAGAACAGGAUUCUUGCUUUAAAUUAAAAAAAAAAAAAAAAAGAAAAAGGGAAGCACAAGGUGGAUUGCCAGGACAAAAACUUGGGUUCAGUUACUGUGUUCGACAUAUAUCCCCUCGACAUAUCCCCCAUAUAUGACCCCGAUGAGUCAAUAACCAGUUAUGAUAGUGAUGUACCUAGGGUCCCCUGAAGAAAAGUAAUGUAAGUUUUUUGUUGGCCUCUCUACCAGUUCUAGUAGAUGUUCUACCUCUUGGCUGCCUUUCUGACGAGGCCUGAAGCUGGUGUGGGAAGGGGAAUGCAGAACACAGCGUUGUUGUGGCCUCAGACAAGGGCACCAGAAGCAGAAUGCUUUCUUUGGCUGACAGUCCCAAGAUGACACGACUGGGUUUAUGUAGCAGUCUUGGUUGUAGGUCAGUUGUUUCUAAUCUUACAGUGUCUUCUGAAAGUUUCAAACUAAACUGAUUUGGGUUUGGAUUUUUUUGUGUGGCUUUAAUUUGAUCAACAGAAGGGCCAAAUAGUGAUAUACACUGAAGUGUCAAGGUAAUCCUGGAAAAUGUGGGAGUUCUGAAGUUAGGUAUCCUAUUUCCUUGCACCUGUACAAUUUCGUUGCACCCGACAGCUAUAUUCUGAUACGUGUUAGCAUCUCUAUACCUGUAUGCGUUUGAUGAUGCAGGCUGAUUGCUCUGUACUGCGUUUCUAAGUUUAAGCAAAACUUCAAAAUGCGUUGCUACUGGUUGCUUGCUGUUUUCAAAUUUUGGCUUGUCUAUCUCCAUAAAUACCUUAUUAGAGACCUUUUAUAUGGUGUUAUACUUCUUAACACUAAGGGAAUUUCCCAAAAUUACAGAUAUAAUGAAGAUUAAAUUUGAGGGUAUUAAGAUAACUAGUGUGAGUCCUCAUCUCUAAUCUGGAGACAAAUCUAUCAGAAGUUUCUUCUAAAUAAAUGCUGAUUUUCUGUGUUUAAAAUGGAAGCCUUGAUGGUAAAUAUUUAACUAAAUUCUACCUGAUUGUUAUAUUUAGACAUUAAAGGACGAAAUGCCAAUAAAUGAAAACACUGCUUUAGUAAACUGUAACAGAAUAUGUACAAGAAGUAAACAAAGUACAUUCCUGAUUACUUUCUCAGGUAAUCUGGUUGUGUUCAAUACAGUUUUAAAAUUUCUAGCCAAGUUUUGUUGCCAUCAUAGCUGUGGUGGGGGUGGAAGAGCCAAACCAGAAAGGAGCAGAUCUAACUGUAAGCUACUUUGCAUGUUGUCAAUUGACUAUAAAUUGCAGCAGUCAUUGACUCAGCGAAACAAGCUACAUAAUUCAGGUAAGAGACUUGCGUAUUUCUGUAUCUAGCAACAGAUCUUCAUUGAAUGUCAAUGUUUUUGUAAAUCACUUGUACCAGCUAUUCAGCAACAGUGCUUCUGUAGCUUUUUAAUGAAUCGUGUUUGAUAUGAUCGUUUAUUAAAUAAGGUGUAAGAAAAAUGGAACAUUAACUUUUUUUUUAAUGUCAUUCAGAUAUUUUCAGGUAUUAUUCAUCAGUCUUAAAAUAGCACGUCUUGUUUCCUUGGAUUUUACUUUCAUCUGAAGAUCGGUGAGUCUCUAGUCUAAAAGGAAAACGAUCCUAACACUUGCGUUUUGCGCUUCAUGCAGGUAAUAAGGCGGCAGAUAACUGUUUUACGUGAUGCUGUUAGGCAGCCGAAGUGUUGAUACUAAGCAACAAAUACUGCAAGUAUCUCUUCUUGAGUGAUUGUGCUGGUUUUGGCUUCUUGCUCUAUGGUGAUGUUUUGCUAUAAAGUUUUUUUUGCUAUGUAACAGAGUUUUCCUCAGACAAUGUUUUUAGGUUGUUAGCAGUAGGAAGUUUUUAGACAAUAACCCAACCUGUGUACGUAGAAAAGGGAGAGAUGACUGUCUGCUGUUUUCAUUUUAUACCAAGUGUGAAUAUUAACCUCUGAUUUUCUACAUGUAUAUUAAUGUAAAAUGGAUGUGUGUUCAUGCUUUCAGCCUACCCACAGAAGUACCUGUUUAAGAUGCAUGUGACUUUCUUGUCUAACAGCAUGCUAUAAAUGAAUUCUUAACUUACAGGAUUUUUGUUGAGACCUAUUUGCAUUAGAAAAAGAGAUGACACUCAAUACAGUGGCAUUUUGAUAGAAUAUGUUGAGAGGAUAGGUCCAUACAGAGUAAGAAUUCUCUCCGUAUGAAACGUGGCAGGUAUGAAAUCGUUAGAAAAUGUUAAAAUAUACUCAUAUCCUUGUGAAUGAUUAAGAGUAUUCCAUUUAUGUUACAGAGCUAUGGUCCAACCAUUUGAAGCUUUGCAAAGGUUUUAUGAGUAUGGAAUCUAGAUGUUUCUAGUAACCUAGUUUAAUGUUCAGGUGUGUUUUCCAUUUUAGAGGGUGUAACGUAACCUAAGUGUUUUAGAUGGCAACGUAUGGAUGUAGAAGCAGAUGGUUAAAUGCAAAACUUGAUGGAUGGCAAAAGCUACCGCAACCUCAUGGACAAGUUGUCCAUCUGUACUGAGACUCAGCGCAUACAGCUGGCUAGACCUUUCUGUGCUGACCCAGUGGUCACGUUUCAUGUGUACCCAGAAGGACCAAACCAGGUCACUUGCUCUGAAGAUUUGUCAUUCCUUCCUUUCAUGUCUGAGCAUCUCAUCGCAGAGAACUUCUACAGCGAGCCCUGUACCUUUCCCUACCAAAUGCCCCACGCAAGUUACCGCAGAAGUGAGUACUCCUAUGGGCCAGCUUUCAUCAGAAAGAGGAAUGAGAGGGAAAGACAGAGGGUUAAAUGUGUCAAUGAAGGCUAUGCUAAACUGAGGCAUCACCUACCUAAGGAAUACAUGGAGAAACGGCUCAGCAAAGUAGAGACACUCCGAGCUGCAAUCAAAUACAUUAGCUACCUACAGUCUCUUCUCUACAGUGAUUCUGGGGUGGCAGAGAAAAAUGUCGUGGAGCCAAGCCAAGCACAUAAAGCAAUUAACAAAACCGGUUUCUGA